UAUCAAUGAAAUUGUUGCUGCUUUCCCGCUCAUACUCAAAAAAUUCGCUUUUUCAUCACAAAGCUAUUGACGUAUGUUUUGUGGCUGUCCCACUACAGUAAGCAAGGAGAACGAUGUCUGCUACGAAACGUGUACAGCAAUGGUCGACUUUUAGUCGAAUGUGGUAUCUGUAUGAUGCUCAGUGGCAAGAUCCUUUUCUUUCUGCCAAAGUCCUGAGCCCAUAUUUAACUGGCCAAAACAAGCCCAUUUACCAUCCUUUAAAUGAUUGUGGGGAUCAUGUCGUAGUAAUCAACAGCCGAGAGAUUGCACUGCGUGGAGAUGAAUGGAAGAAACGGGUUUAUUUUCAUCAUACAGGAUAUCCCAGAGGAGCGUCAUGGACCCUGGCCUGGGAACUACACCAAAAAGAUCCAAAGAUGAUUAUGAGGAAAGCUGUGUACAAAGCUAUUGCUAGUAAUCUUGUUCGCAGAACCUGCAUUGAAAGAUUACACAUUUACCCAGGAUCGGAGAUUCCAGAAGAGAUAAAGAGCAAUCUCAGUGGACAAAUUAGACCAAUUAUGCCAGUACCUAAGAGGCUUCAAGAAUACAGCAAGGAAGAAAUAGACAACUAUCCAAAAGUAUUUGAAUUUCCAAAUGACUAUGUACUACGAUGAUUGGAGAAUCAUAUCUGUUGUAGAAUGAUAGUAUUAAUAAAAAGAAACUUCUGGUUAAAAAA